GUGCACCUCGUGCAAAAGCUGACGGGUACCGACGCCGGCGCCUACUACGCGCUGCAGUGCACCGUCAAGGCGACAGCGCGACCGCCGGCAAUCGACGUCUCGUCGUUGCGCCAUGCGACCUUGGUGCCGACGCUGUACCGGUUCCAGAAUCGAACGACUGCGUUUGUCGUGACGCCGGUCCUUCGCGGCCACACGCUGCGCUCGAUCCAGAAGACAACUGGACUGGACGAGCGCGAAGUGGCGUGGUACUUGUCCCAGGUGUUCCUCGGCCUCGCCUACCUCCACGCCCACGGCGUCGCGCACGGGUCUCUCUCGCUUCAGAACGUCGUCGUCACGGACGACGCCACCGCCGUCUUCGCCCGCACCGACUCGUUUGUGCCGCUCACAGCAUCGACGCGCCUGGCCGACUUUAUCGCCUUUGGCGACCUCCUCACUCAGCUACUUGCCGACAAGGCGAUCCUCUCGGACGCCGCCAUCGACCUCCUCUCUGCCUACACCAGCGGUACGACCAUCUACACCAGCGGUACGACCAUCGACGUCGGGCACAGUCCCUUUUUUAGCUGGAUCGCAUGGGACCUCAUGUGCAAUGACGCAUUCCAUUUGGAUGCGUCGCGGCCAAUUGGGCGCUUUCUCAGCGCGGACAACGGCCGACCUUGCACUCUCCUCUUUGAAGACGACCCUACCCACCCACGCGUUCACUGGCCCAACUACGUGUAUCCGCCACCAACGGCAACAGCGACGGCUAUGUAG